GAUAAACAUCCGCAUUUAGAACCGUUCACGUGUCCUGAUGGACAAUGCAAUUUGGACUGGUUUGAGUCCCCACUUUAGAGAACAACCAUAAACCCGCCAUUUUAUUGUCAAUUUCGGCGCCACAUAUUCCGUUAUGGGACUGCAAUCCAGCUUUGCCGCACUGACCGUUGAGUGUAGAAUAUGAAUAUUUAGGAGAAUUCUUUCAUCGCUUUUCCAAGAACAAAGCCAAAACCAAAAAUCGAUUCCCUUUAGAUUGAUCCUCCAAACUUUUCCAUUUCUCAUACAGAAUUAUUUAAAUUCGGAAUUGGUGGCAGCGAUUUGCACAAAUUCAAAUUCAAUAUUCUUUUUAUCACUUUCUUGGUUUCCAUCAUAGGUACGGAACCGCAUUAUUAUUCCAAUUCGGUGGACUCAGCAGAAUCUCCAGCUUUUUAUUGCUUGCCGCAAGAACUUUUCUUUGCAUAUUUAUAGGUCAAAACGCGGACUGCUCAAACCGGCACUCUGGUCGCAACCUUCUCUCCGGAAACAGGAAACUUUUUGGGUGCCCUACCCUUUGCAAUCGGCAAAACCUCAAUACCACAGGCUAAAUGGGUUACCUUAACAAUGGCUCCCAAGAAAGUAAUCAGCAAAAUGAUAUCGGAGCAGUGGUGCAACGUGGAAGGGAAAUUCUUCUUCAGGCAUUCAACUGGGAGUCUCAUAAGUAUGACUGGUGGAGAAAUUUAGAAAGAAAGGUUCCUGAUAUUGCAAAAUCUGGAUUCACAUCAGCAUGGUUGCCACCACCAACCCAUUCAUUCUCUCCUGAAGGUUACCUUCCUCAGAACCUCUAUUCCCUCAAUUCUUCAUAUGGUUCAGAGCGUUUGUUAAAAAAUUUACUUCAAAAGAUGAAUCAAAUUCAAGUUAGAGCAAUGGCUGACAUAGUUGUCAACCAUCGGGUUGGUACUACUCGAGGACAUGGUGGAAGGUAUAACCGUUAUGAUGGAAUUCCACUGUCAUGGGAUGAGCGUGCUGUCACAUCUUGUACUGGUGGAUUGGGUGGUCGAAGCACUGGGGACAAUUUUCAUGGGGUUCCAAAUAUUGAUCAUAGCCAACAUUUUGUUCGAAAGGAUAUUACAGCAUGGCUCCAGUGGCUACGCCAUGAUGUUGGCUUUCACGAUUUUCGUUUUGAUUUUGCGAGGGGUUAUUCUGCCAAAUAUGUGAAAGAAUACAUUGGGGGAGCAAAGCCACUAUUUUCUGUUGGGGAGUAUUGGGAUUCUUGCAACUACAAUGGUCAUGGCUUGGACUACAACCAAGAUAGCCAUAGACAGCGUAUAAUUAAUUGGAUUGAUACCACAGGACAGCUUUCAACUGCAUUUGACUUCACAACUAAGGGAAUUCUUCAGGAAGCAGUUAAGGGACAAUACUGGCGUCUACGUGAUCCCCAGGGAAAGCCACCAGGUGUAAUUGGAUGGUGGCCUUCUAGGGCUGUCACAUUUAUAGAUAAUCAUGAUACAGGCUCAACACAGGCUCAUUGGCCCUUCCCCUCUAAUCAUGUCAUUGAGGGUUAUGCAUAUAUCCUGACGCACCCGGGGAUACCAACAGUUUUCUAUGACCAUUUUUAUGAUUGGGGCGACUCUAUGCAUGACCAGAUCGUCAAACUGAUGGGCAUUCGGAAGCAUCAGGACAUUCAUAGCCGAUCAUCUAUUAGGAUACUGGAGGCCCAGCCUAAUUUGUACUCUGCAAUAAUUGGGGAAAAAGUAUGCAUGAAGAUUGGAGAUGGUUCGUGGUGCCCUGCCGGCAGGGAGUGGACACUUGCAACUUCUGGCCACAGAUACGCAGUAUGGCAGAAGUAGAGCUUCUUCAAAAACAAAAUACAAAUUUUUACAUCUGCAUUUUGGAAUGAUUCGGCUUGAGCCCGAAUGCUUCCUAUAGGUACAAUAUUGUGUAAGAAUAAAGCUCGUAUCUCCAAUUUUUUAUAUUGGAAAUCGGUAUCAGUUGUCAUUGAAACUAUAAGUUUAAUAUUAGUUUUCAUUGAUAUAAAGUAAUUCUCUU